AUGGCAUGUCCUCGCGUAGCUGUGCUCAGCUCGUCAUCCGUUGGGACAGUGAACCGAUUUCUACCGCUGGUCUCUGAACUGGUUCAGCGCAAGUGCGACGUGCGCUACUACAUCGCAGAUCCCGCUUUCGAAGAUGCCAUCCGGCACGCAGGGGCUGUGGUGGAGCUGUUUGAUGACUUCUGUGGACGUUGCCCUGACUUGUUGGCCGCAGACGCUAAGACAUGGUUUAAGGAGGUGGCGUUACCUUCUGCGGUGCAGAAUCAUAUUGAGCUGGAGCGAUAUUUCUAUGCUUUGCCUGCCGGAGUUUGCUUGGCGGCACGUUUACUGAAGCUCUGGGAAGCUCCGAGUGCCUGGGUGCCCACGCUGGUGCUGUACAGCAUCGGAGAUCUGCAUCCAUGCCUUGUGUCGGCAAAGCUCGGCAUACCCGCGAUUGCACUUGUGCCAUGCUUCCUGCUAGACUGCUACCCAUCCUGCUUCUCAGAGCAUGGGGAGGAACGUAGUUCCUGGCCGGCCCUCGUAGCAGAGCACGAGAAUGUGCAGAGAGCAAAUGCCAUUGCCCAGGAAGACUUUGGCAGAGACGUGCUGAAAGAGUUCCUGCCAUGCAGGUACUUCAGCCACUGUUUGAACAUUGUUGUCUCAAUACCUGAUAUAGAAUCCCAAGAGAGCCUGCAGAAGCCGUGGAUGAAAGAGCUUCCAUUUGCCUGGGUGGGCUUCACUGGUAACCAGGCAUACCACAUCAACGGCAUCUUUGUGAGGGAAAAGAACAAGUUGCACCGCUUGCCCAGUGACGUUUCAGCAGUUGAUUGUCCCUGGCGAAUGCCCCUACCUGGAGGAGUGAAGAUUCUGGUCGUCAGCCUGGGAUCUCAUAUCGUUGGGGACGGCUGGAGUGUGUUGCAGAAGUCGGACUCGGCUCCAUUCACGGGCCGCGACUUCAGCCGCCGGGUGUGGCGUGAGCUGGUGGACUUUUUCCGGGGCCGAAAUGAUGUCCGCGUAGUCCUGGCAAUUGGGCCACAGCCCGAUGCAGCUGAAGGACUUGGGAAGAUUCCGGGCAACUUCAUAGCACGCCGAAGUAUUGCGCAGAUGGAUGCAUUGUCCAGGGCAAGCGCGCUCAUCACCCAUGGCGGUUCGAACAGCGUCAUGGAAGCCCUGCUGGCUGGGGUGCCGCUGGUUGUCAUCCCUUGCACUUCCGACUCUUAG